AAUUUUCAAUUGCGCUUUGGGGCAAACAUAAAAUGCAAUGCAAAACAUAAGUUCCCAAAAUUUUUCACUUAUUCCCCUUUUGUCGCCCUCACUGCUCUUGCGUAUCAUUUUGAUCUGAUACACCAAAAAAUUCAGUCAAUCCCUGCACCGGCCAGAUAGGAACCUCCGGCAUUGGAAAAAUGGCGAGCUCCCUUCUACGCCUCGCUAGCCGAUCUCGUCAAGCCUAUCCAUCUUUCCUGACCCCACUGUCGAGACCAUUCGCCUCAGACGCAUUGGUGGAGACCAAACCUGGAGAAAUCGGCAUGGUCUCUGGCAUCCCCGAAGAACAUCUUCGCAGACGGGUUCUAAUUUAUUCACCAGCUCGAACUGCGAGUCAGCAAGGAUCAGGAAAAGUUGGAAAAUGGAAGAUCAACUUCGUGUCUACUCAGAAAUGGGAAAAUCCACUGAUGGGUUGGACAUCCACGGGGGAUCCAUAUGCCCAUGUAGGUGAUUCUGCUUUGUGUUUUGAUAGUGAAGAAGCUGCAAUAGAAUUUGCUCAAAGACAUGGUUGGGAUUACAGGGUUAAGAAGCGUCAUACACCAUUGCUAAAGCCCAAGGCGUAUGCAGACAACUUCAGAUGGAAGGGCUCUCCAGACACAAAGAAUUGAUUUCUUUCUGCCAUCGCUUCUUUCCUACUUGGGACACCUGCGGCGAGGUCUACGUUGUGCCACAGGCUUGGAUCUUAUUUGUAGCAUAUAACUGGACUAAUGUGCCGCGUUAGGCUGAUUGCAAUCCAAUUGACCAUUUCGAAUUGAAUAAAGAGUUUGUUUGGAUUGUAAGUUAUUUGAGAUAUUUUUACUGUA